GAUGUCGUUAGAGAAAGAUCCUCAACUAGACUUAGAAUUAGGUUUUGCUAUAGAUGGUAUUGAACAGACUUCGCACUUUUCUUGCAUAGAUAAUCAAAUUGCCUUAGAAAAUAAAUGUUUCGGAUAUAAAAUAGGCAUUGAUAAUUCAAUUCCACGAAAUUUUAUUUCAAAAACUCACGACGAGGCAAAGAAUAAAUGUGCUCUAGAUUCUGGAAAAGUAGCGACGUUUAACCAUCAAUCUUCCCUGAAAAUAGUUAUUGAUGCAAUAAGGAGUGAAUUAAAAUUUAUUACUAUCAAAUCAGAUUAUGUAUCCUUUUGGACUGGUUUAUAUUACAAUAAUAGUCAUUGGAUUUGGCAGGAUACUAAUAAGAGAUUAUACGACUUUUAUGAGUUUAAACUUCCUAUCUUUGCCAAUACUUUAACUAAAAGUUCCGAUUUGAAAUAUGUCAGCUUAAGAGUAUUCAGAAAAAGUGAAGUGGAACUUUAUGCUCUUACAAACGCUGGAACUGCGCAUGGAUAUAUUUGCGAAUAUCCCCUUGUGGAAAACUCUGUUAUAUCUUCUUCUGGAAUUGAUAGCGAUGCACUAACAGGCCCCAUAAAAAAUACCUUCAGACCGUGGAAAGAUAUAACUAUUUACCCCAAAGGAACUGAAAGCACAACCGAUACUCCUAAAGCAAGCACAGAAACAACUGAGGAAGAUUUCGAAGAAAUUACUCCCGAUGUGGAUGCAGAAACAACUGCAGAAAGUUUUGCAGAGAAUACGCCAGCCGCGGAAAAUACAGCAGCUGUUGAGAAAAGUUCUGCUGAAGUAAGUUCUGCAUCAGAAGCUGAAGCUACUGCAGAAACUUUGGCAGAAAAUACACCAGCUGCGGAAAAUGAAGUAGCUACUGGAAAAGGUUCUGCUGAAGUAAGUUCUGCUGCAGAAGCUGAAGCUACUGCAGAAACUUUGGCAGAAAAUACGCCAGCCGCGGAAAAUGAAGUGGCUACUGGAAAAGGUUCUGCUGAAGUAAGUUCUGCAGCAGAAGCUGAAGCUACUGCAGAAACUUUGGCAGAAAAUACGCCAGCCGCGGAAAAUGAAGUAGCUACUGGAAAAGGUUCUGCUGAAGUAAGUUCUGCAGCAGAAGCUGAAGCUACUGCAGAAACUUUGGCAGAAAAUACGCCAGCCGCGGAAAAUGAAGUGGCUACUGGAAAAGGUUCUGCUGAAGUAAGUUCUGCAGCAGAAGCUGAAGCUACUGCAGAAACUUUGGCAGAAAAUACACCAGCUGCGGAAAAUGAAGUGGCUACUGGAAAAGGUUCUGCUGAAGUAAGUUCUGCAGCAGAAGCUGAAGCUACUGCAGAAACUUUGGCAGAAAAUACGCCAGCUGCGGAAAAUGAAGUAGCUACUGGAAAAGGUUCUGCUGAAGUAAGUUCUGCAGCAGAAGCUGAAGCUACUGCAGAAACUUUGGCAGAGAAUACACCAGCUGCGGAAAAUGAAGUAGCUACUGGAAAAGGUUCUGCUGAAGUAAGUUCUGCAGCAGAAGCUGAAGCUACUGCAGAAACUUUGGCAGAAAAUACACCAGCCGCGGAAAAUGAAGUAGCUACUGGAAAAGGUUCUGCUGGAGUAAGUUCUGCAGCAGAAGCUGAAGCUACUGCAGAAACUUUGGCAGAAAAUACACCAGCUGCGGAAAAUGAAGUGGCUACUGGAAAAGGUUCUGCUGAAGUAAGUUCUGCAGCAGAAGCUGAAACUACAGCAGAAGCAGCUAUAAAGAAUAAUGAAGAGAAUGUAACUGACAGUUCUUCCCCACAUGUAAUAUUUAAAAAUAGCAGUCUAAUAGAUUCUAAGAAUAAACCACAAACAUCGAGCUUAAGGCAGAGUAGACUGCAAGCUGCUAUUGGAAUAACUAUUGCAGUUACUGGAGCAAUAGCUAUUGGUUUCGCUGGGUUAACUUGGUAUUAUGUUUGGAGAAAGAGAAGAUCUGGCAGUAGUGAUGUUUCGGAAGUAGAAUAAGAGUCUUGAAAAACGUUGAUAUAUUUGUUUCUUUAUUAGUAGAGAAAUUUAACUAAAGUGUUUGUUACUGGAAAAUAAGUUGAAAUAUUUUCCAAUUAGAUGUUUCAAUUUUUUCCUUGCCUGCAAAUUAUUGAAGUUUGUCACCAAUAAAUAUUUAAUAAUUGUAUUUGAUAAACAACCCAUUCGUUUAUUCAGUG